AUGUUUUCCCUUGCAAACGUAAUUUACGAACGGGGCAAAAGUAGCCGGCUUUAUUAUGCAAAACACGAUUACGAUCCUUUACUGGACGAAUUGCAUCCACUAAGAGAUUGGAUCUAUGCUGAUUUGAAACGCGGAUAUGAACGCUAUUGUUCAGAUUUGGACAAGCCACAUAGAGAUUCCUCGGGUAUGCGACGAUCCUUUCCAAAGAUGUACCGUACUGAUCCCGCUUCAUUAUCUAUCCAGCAACUCCACAAGCUGUUUAACGAAAUUCUUGAGGGAGGCGCAGUAGUGCCGCUCAGUCAUCCAUUCAGGAAAUAUCUGCUCAAUGCUGUUGAUGUAUUGUUUGGAGGUGAAAUGCCUUCGUGUAUUGCCCGUCUUCGCGACCAAGACGAUUUAAUUAGCGAUCUAAUUCGCAAGCAAGAUGUUUCAUAA